CUAUAAAAAUCAUUGCCAGAAGAGAAAACCCCUCACAUUUACCUGUCUAAUGUAUAAAAAUAGUAGGCCCGGAUAGUUUAAACAUCGCUUGCUGGAUUGGACGCCUGGAUUAGACACUUUGAACACAGCAAAUUGGUGAAAUGGGGUCUCAAAAUAAUGAUAUUAAUCAGGAUUUCCAGGAUGCCAUUGAUGUGAUGCAGCGACACUCAGAAAUAUUUUACUAUGAUACAGACAGUAAAUACACUGAGAAUAUCCGAAGUCAUGAUUCGGCGGUUCAGUACUCACUGUCUUGUUACCGCUACGCACCUCACUCUGCAGGAUCGUCUGCUUCGUACGAUUGGGGUGAAGCUUCGUCGUGGUCUCAUUUGGUACCAGAGGCGUCUCCAUGGGGAACAGCCGAGCCUUCGGUGCUCUACCCAAUACUACCUGAACGGCUGCGGAAAGGCCGAAAGAAGCUGCGUCUGUACGAAUACCUUCAUGAAGCCCUGCACGAUGCCAGCAUGGUUGACUCCAUUCAGUGGACGGACCAUGGCACCGGAACAUUCCACUUCAUUUCUAAAAACAAAGAGAAGCUUGCUGAGUGCUGGGGCCAGCGCAAGGGCAACCGCAAAGCAAUGACCUACCAGAAAAUGGCCCGGGCGCUACGCAACUACAGCCGCACGGGUGAGAUUGUCAAAGUGCGCCGCAAACUCACCUACCAGUUCAACCCGCUGAUCCUGCAGAGACUGGAGACCAUUACAGCAUCUGGUCCAUCAUCACAAGAGCUUAUCUCUCACCAGAUCCCUCCUGAACAGGGCUACUACUGCUCAUCUGGAUCCGACUGGCACAACUGGUACGCACAGUGCCCUUACCCUGCAGAGUACGACUUUACUUCGUCACUGACGUCAACAGAGGGCCUCAAAACACACAACACAACUCAGUGAAGACAAACCUGAAAGACUUUUCCUGCAGCAUGCACCUGAUUGUGCAAUGAACCUGACUUGAGCAUGAGAAAUCGCCCUGCAAUGCCGAAUAUACGUACAGAACUUAAACAGGUCCUGCUAAUGUCUAAAAACUGGAAAAAAAGUGUUUACUAUUUUGUGCUUGGUAAUGUCUGUAAACCGUAAAAUUACAUUUUGCAUUGUAUUACAUAUUGCAUCGUAUUCACAUAUCGCAUUGUAUUUUACUGAGCUAUAAAAUGAAGUAAAUAUGAAGUAGAUGAGAACAAAGAUAAGCAUAAACUCAAAUAAAACUGUAUCAAAUU